AGUAAAGUUUAUUGUCUGCGCGUAAAUACGUUGGUCGCAUAAGUAUGAUGAAUGACAUUUAUAGAAUGGUAUUGUAAUACGUAUAAGAAGGCUUCAUACUAUUAAAUAUUGUCUGCGGUCAUAUUUAAAGAUGUCAAAUACAAUUCAAAAUUUUUAUUUCGAAGAGCUAUUUUGAAGCUGAUAGUUAGCAUAUACACAAGUCACGAGAAAGUACAGCAUUUGCCUCAUGUCUGCGAUAGCAAAAGCAAUGUCAAAGUUCCGGCUGGCCGUCAUCCAGCUGCAGGUGGGCAGCGUCAAGGCGGACAACCUGAGCCGGGCGCGGAGGCUCAUCGACGAGGCGGCGGCACAAGGCAGCAAAGUGGUGCUUCUGCCGGAAUGCUUCAAUUCGCCUUACGGAAGCGGCUUCUUCCCCGCCCACGCUGAGAAGAUCCCAGGAGAGUCCACGCAGCUUCUGUCCCAGGCCGCCAAGGACAACAAAAUCUACCUGGUGGGAGGAUCCAUUCCUGAGGAGGAUGCAGGCAAGUUGUACAACAGCUGCACGGUGUUUGGACCUGAUGGACAGCUGCUCGUCAAACACAGGAAGAUCCACCUCUUUGACAUCGACAUCCCAGGCAAGAUCCGCUUCCAGGAGUCGGAGACGCUGAGCCCAGGCAACACCUUGUCCAUGUUUGAAACGCCUUUCUGCAAAGUGGGCGUGGGGAUUUGUUAUGACCUGCGGUUCGCUGAGCUGGCGCAGAUCUACAGCAGGAAGGGAUGUCAGCUGCUGCUCUACCCAGGAGCCUUCAACAUGACCACGGGUCCAGCCCACUGGGAGCUCCUGCAGAGGGGCAGAGCUCUGGACAACCAGGUGUACGUGGCCACAGCGUCGCCAGCCAGGGACGAGAGCGCCUCCUACGUGGCCUGGGGACACAGCACUGUGGUGAACCCCUGGGGGGAAGUCAUCUCCAAGGCCGGAGCAGAGGAGACCGUGAUCUACGCCGAUAUCGACCUGCAGUACCUGGCUGAUGUGCGGCAGCAGAUCCCCAUCACGGCCCAGCGUCGCCACGACGUCUACGCCGUCACCUCGGCGCAGGAGAGCCCAGAUGACGGACGGACGGAGAGAUGAUGACGAAGACAAGACGACGCCCACUUUUUUGUCACAUGUGACGGUCUGUUAUUUUGAAUGGUGAUCUCCAAGCGCAAUAAACUUCCUCCAGCGUGCGGUAUCACUCCA